UCCAGGGAGGCUGUCGUUACACACCGGCGCGAGGCGCUCUGCAUCUCGUCGGGAAAAACAACAACAAAAAAAACAACCCAAUUUAAUUAUAUUCAUUGCCUUACUCGUUCGGACAUGAUCUGAUCUUCAUUUUUAACAAAUCUGUUGGUAUUUGUGUUUUGUCGUAUGCGGACGUAUUUGUGCGCUUGAUUAACUGAUAGCGCCACGACCCUUUUGGAGGGGAAUCCCGUGUUCUCGCUGAUGCUCGUGAAGGUGAGAAAUGGAUGAGGUGAAACGCUCUCAACGGACAGUCACGGCGCUCGUACCUUCUGCCUUUCACGCCAGUUGAUUUUUUCCCCCCCGUAAACUGUUAUUCUACAAUGAGGUUGGGUGUUUUUUUGUUUGUUUGGUUUUUUUGCUUCGUGUAACGAAUGACGAUCUUGUCCGUGACAAAAUGAUUCUCAUUCAUUACACCGCCCGCGAGGGAGGUCAGAUGAACUAACCGCUACUCCCGAGCUCUUUGUUUGAAAACGGUGCGUUUGUUUCGGAAGAUCAUCGCCUUGUCUUGUCCGGAAAUCGCCGUCAUAGUCGUGAAUGGAAUGUAUCAUUUCUGACAUCCACGAGAAUGGAGCCGUUCCUGCAGAUAGCGCCUCACUCCCUUGCUAUUGUGCUCUCGCGGAUUGUGGCGGAUGACUCGCCCGGUGUGACGGAGAGCGAGGAACCGCCGCACCACCACACCGGUUAUGAGAUAUUCGCCGAUUUCAAAUCGCUGAACAUGAAAUAUUUUUGGAAUAAAAUGGUAGCGGACGCCAUAGCGGAGACGUUUUUCCUGGGCUGGAUAGACGAGCAUGUGCUACUGAUCCAGGGGAAGGAGCAUCACCUGGAGGUGCUGAGGGAGGCUUGGAUGAGAAGGUCCCUCAAACCGCCGCAAGGCUUCGACAUCAGAUACCUCGGUGAUGUGUCCCCGAUCAGUAUGUCUCCGAUCAGUCAGUCCCAGUUCAUCCCGCUGGGGGAGAUCCUGUGUCUGGCCAUCUCAGCCAUGAACUCUGCGCGCAAGACAGUCACACAGGAGACCCUCACGGAGCACCUGGCCACAUGCUUCCCAGGUGUCCCCACCCCGAGCCUGGAGAUCCUGCGUCACACCCUCAACAUGCUUGUCCGUGAGCGUAAGAUCUACCCGACCCCAGAGGGCUACUUCAUUGUCACCCCCCAGACGUACUUCAUCACUCCGUCCCUCAUCCGCACCAGCAGCAAGUGGUACCACCUGGACGAGAGAAUACCGGGGGGUGGGGCCCAGCAACCGUGCUCCUCCCCUCCCUCUGGCACGGUCACGCCCUCAGCCUCGGGCUGCGUCAGGGAGCGCUCGCACCACAAGAACCACGGCGACUCCUACGGCGACGGCUACCGGGAUGAUGUGCCCAGCGCACACACCUCCACGCUGCAGAGGAGAGCCAAGGAGCACAAGGAGGCGCCGUACGCAGUGUCACCUCCUACCCUGCAGGUGUCGCCCUCGGACAAAAGCCGCAGCACCCUGGGCUUCGGCUUCAAGGCGGACACCAGCAGCAAGCAGAGGGACGGAGGUGGCGAGAAGCAGUCGAAGAAGUUUGGCUUGAAGCUCUUCAGAUUGAGUUUCAAGAAGGACAAGGCCAAGCAGCUGGCGACCUUCUCGGCCCAGUUCCCCCCUGAGGAGUGGCCCCUGCGCGACGAGGAGACGCCCAGUGCCGUACCGCGUGACGUGGAGCUGGAGCUCAUCCGGCGAAUCAACCCAGACCUGACGGUGGAGAACCUGGCCAGGCACACGGCCGUGAUGAAGCGCCUAGAGGAGGAGAAGGCCCAGAGGAGCAAGGCGAGCUCGGCAGCCCAGCACAGCGCCCGCAGCAAACGCAGCCGCGGGCACCGCAAGGCCCAGCAGGGCCGGCCGUCGCGCUCACACAGCAAGACGCGCGCCGCCAGGGGCGAGCCGUCCGACGGCUCCAACCUGGACGUGUCCUACGACAGGGACUACCGCUUCUACAGCUCAUCGCUGGUACGCUCGCCGCGGGACGCCAUGAUGUCCAUGGAGAGGAAUCGCGGCAAAUACAUGGUGCACAGCAACCCCAACAUCGUUGAGUCGCACUUCACCACGGCGCCUGAGUGGGACGUGUCGGGUGAGCUGGCCAAGCGCAGGACAGAGAUGCCCUUCCCCGAGCCGUCCCGCGCCCAGGCGCACUCCAAAGUGCACCGCAGCCACAGCCACACCCAGGAGCGCAAGUCCCGCAACGAGAGGUCGGACAAGGCCAAAGAGAGGUCGCGCUCCAUGGACAACUCCAAGGGCCCUCUGGGGGGACCCUUCCUUGGCGGCCCAGAGGACUUCGAGUGCGCGCCGGACGACAGGAGUCGGUAUUACACGGACGACGGGACGCUGAGGGCAUCCGCCCAGAAGAGCCACUACUCGCGCGUCAUGCUGUCCGCCGGGAGGCUGAGCUCGGACGUCUGCGUGCCCGACAUGGGCAGAGGGGCACUGGAGGACGCUGUACACUGCAGACCGCUGGAGAAGAGCAAGAGCAAGGACAGUCUGCCGCCCUACGGGGACUCCAAGUCCUGCUCCCCCAAAGCGACCGUGGACGACUACUUCCACCGCUCCACCUCCAACGAGGCGUCCUUCCCCGCUCCCUCUCCUCUCGUGAAGUCCAGCCACGAUUUCGGAGACGCCCUCCGGAAGGGAGCCCCUUCAGAGCGGCCCACGCCCCUCCUGACCUCGUCUCACCCUGUGGAGUACAAGGACGACCCUGCACUGGGACAGAGCGCUGUGUCUUUACCCGCACCUAGCCAGGCACCAGAGCCCUUGCCCAACGGGCGUCUGACGCACCUGCACAACCCCGACUCGGGUGACCUGGACAAAAUGGCGGAGGUGUACAGCCAGGAGACACUGUUCAUGUCCCCGGACUACAUAGAAAGCAGUUUCUCCAGGCCGGGCACGAUGCGCAAGGCCCCACACGCCAAGUCGUCGGAGACGCUGGAGAACCAGGAGAGAAUGGAGAGCCCCCUCCCGCCGGCUGCGCCGCCGGCCCCGGGCCCCGAGCAGGCGUCUUGCGCCGAGACCGCCUUCGACUACUACAACGUCUCGGACGACGACUCUGAGGGGACGGGCCACAAGAACAAAGUGGAGGAGAAAGUCCGGGAAGGGGGUGGGACCAUGCAGUGGCUCCUGGAGCGCGAGAAGGAGCGAGACCUCCAGCGCAAGUUUGAAAGGAACCUCACGUUCCUGAGCCCCAAAGAGGGUGAGGGCCACAGCAGCCAGAAGUCGGCGCACUCCACGCGCCUGGACAGCAUGGACUCCAGCAGUGUGACUGUGGACAGUGGCUUUAACUCUCCACGCACUCGGGAGAGCCUUGCCUCGAACACCUCCAGCAAUGUGGACAAUAACCGCCGGCAGAACCUGGCGCUGAGUCCAGGGCACCUGGGCACCAAGCGGCCCCCUCCGCCCUACCAGCCGCCCACCUUCCGGACCGUCCCUGAGCCAACCGCCGCCCGGCCGGAGAAGCAGGCCUCCAUCACCAGCGUGUAGCGGAGGCAUCCGGCGCUGAGACGGGCUGAGCGCAGAGAGACCCGAGCUAACCCAAACGAACAUCUUGAAAAAAAGCCCGCUGUGUGUCAAGACUUACUGUAGGUACCUUCGUAACGAACGCAGCUAAAGCGUUUAUAGCGUCGUAUUGACUGACAUCAGCUGUGGUAUGAAACUAGUGUCGAUCCGAGGAACCGCUCUAGGUGUCCUGACGAACCCAGCGCCUCCACAACGGGUCUCCUUUCGCCGACGGGUCGUCGCUGCGUUUCGGACCGGUUCUCUCCACUCAGGGCAGUCCUAGUUACACACGUGCUGUCCCACACAUGCCUGCUCAUGAAGAUGCGAUCCAGUUCAGAUGUCAUCGAUGAUCCUUUCAAAUCACUCAUGGGGGCCUUCAGUAGGGGGCCAGUCCCUCCGCAACCCUGCUGGUCGAACAGAUCUGAACUCUUCCAUCCUUGUCGGGGGUUUUAGCUGACCUAUGACCUCUUGGCAGCUGUUGGCCUACUCCAAACCUCCGUACAGGGCUGUGCGGUCGUAGCCAGGGACAGUUGUCCAUCGUAUGAAAAAAGAAUGUGUCACAGUGUGUUUACAGUUUGUCAUUUUUAUACAGGCCCUUUCAAUAGCCAUCACUUCACAAUUAAAGACCCCUCCUAAUGUAUAGACCGCGUCAUGUUUGAUGCAACAGGUGCUAUUAUUCUCUUAACGGACUGUUCUCACAGAGAAAAGGAUGUUCCCAGUCAUUUUUUUCGAUUUUUUUUUUCUUUUUUUUUUUUUAACCAGGUGCUUUCAAAUACUGGACAAGAUGACAGAAAAUACACACCACUACCUCCACGAUUUGUACAAUGGUCAAAGGUGACAUGAGUGUUUUUUUUUUUUUUUCUAAGUCAGUCAAACACACUGUUAUCAGCUUGUGAAUGUGCUGCAGAGUGCUCUGUUGGAGGGGGUGGGGGGUUCUCCACCCUGUCCCUCCACCAUGUCAGAGUGCUAGCAAUCUUUCUCCUGUUCUCACAGCGAUAAGUGACCAGUGAAUUUCGGAAAGUAUUGUGGCUGUGGACUCACACGGGACAUCUGAAUUAGGCUUGCGUAGCUGCAUUUCUCAUCAAACAAAUCAUUUAUUAAUCCAAAUCCCUGGAAGGCUGAAGUAUAAUAAAUCAGUGUUUUGCAACCCCUUUAUAAACCAUCUGAGAUCACAUAGGUUUUCUACUUCGGGAAAUGUUCGUCGUCCCCUCUUUGUCCGAGCGCGUACACCCCGUAUCUCCGCAGUGCAUUCUGCUUCCUAAAACACCUACAGGAGGACGAUAACGAACGACUUUGGGCGGUGAAGUAGAGAUUUGCAGCGAGGGCUGCCUUCAUUUGAAAUGUUUGCACUAAAAGCCUGAUCUGUAAUGGCUGUAAACAAAACAAGACAAAACGACAAACGAGAAUCAUCCAGAAGGAUGUUGUUUAUAUUGAACAUAUUUCAUACGAAAUGCGGAUAGUCCAUAAAAUGUCUUCCCUUAUCAUGAUGGGUUUCUUAUAGUUCUCAAUGACACUGUUCCUCAUUGUGACAUUAUGUCAAUCUGUAAGAAAUGUUUAUCUGUCAUACUGAGUAUAAUAACUUAACAGAGGGAUUUUUUUUGUAAAGUCUGUAAUAUUUAAAAGUCCCUACUUGUGUAGUCGUGGCGUUAAAUGUUCAGUGUAUAUGAUUUCCCCUUGGGGAUCGUGUAACUUUUUAAGACAAUAAAAUGACAUGACACGUUUGAGUA